UGACCGGGAGGAGAGGAGUGAGGCAUGCAGCAGUCAUUUAGUCAAUUGUUUUCCCUCUAGCUCACUACCGUAUUGUACCAACCAAAGGAUUGUUAUCACUAUACUCCGUCUGUGAGACGUGCAAAGCCUUUUUUCGCUGUUUUUGAAGACACUCAAAAUCCUGAUUCAUUUGAAAAGGAGAUUCCUGUUUUUUUCAAACCUUCUUAUAAUUCGUGGGUGAUAUUCUGAUCCUGUCCUAAUCCCACUUUGGCUGCUGUUGUAUGUGAGUACUGGCGUGGUUAAGAUUGGCUUGCUUUUGUGCCUCUGCUGCCAAUUUUUUUUUUUUUUUUUUGGAAAAGGGACCUCUGUAUGAAAAUUGACUUUUAGUGGAGCUCAAAAGGGGGAGGAACCUCGAAAGAUGGUUUGACUUGGAAGAGAGACCGACCUUCUCUUGUGGAGUGGCAUCUUCUCUGUUGCAAAGAAGAGAGAAGUCUUCAGUUUUGAGUAAGAAAAAGGGAGUCUCCCCAAGGUGUUUUUAUAUUCCUUCCUUGGACAAACCAGGAAAAGACAUCAUUCAUUUUGCAAAGAGAGAGCAAGUUUAAGUUUUUGCUUCACUUCAGUUUUAAAAGAUGGCUGGGAUGUAUGGAUGCUUCAAGGGCAGGAACAGUGACAGCGCUGCCAUGGCAUCAGGACCUCCAGAUGUGACGGUAAACCAGGAGCCUGCUGAGGCCGUGGAGGAGUGCUCAGGAAAGAAGAAGUCCAAGUUCCAGACGUUUAAAAAAUUCUUUGCCAGGAAGAAGAGAAAGGAUCCGCCAGCUGUCGGAGAAGACGCCGGGCUUAAAGCCAGCCAAUCAAGCGACAAUGUCAGCAAAACAUCCGAAAAUAACACACUCACUCGAUCGGAGAAGGAUAAGGGCUCUGGGUCAAAGAUCAGCCUGGGUAGCAAAGCCUUGUCACACGACUCUGUCUUUGUUUCGGACUCAUCGGAGGCCAACGAGGCUCUGGGGGCAUCUCAGGAUAGCAUUCAUGGGAAAGUGAAAUCACUGCAGCUCCAGCUGAAGCAGGCCAUCAGACUGGGCUCUCCUCCAUCCCUCAUGUGUGUAAAGAAAACCGAAGAUGGUGGAACCAUGUCCGAGGAUGACGGCCUGCCCUGCAGUCCACCUGAAUACACGACACUUCACACAGUCAUGAAUCAGCCUCAGAGGAACAGCUCGAACAGCAUAGAGGGGAUGGACAGUGAUGACGACCAGCUGUCCUGUGCUGCCUCCAGUAGAGCAGUGAGCCCCCUGGUGGUUCCCGGAGACUUCAGUCAGCCGGCCAGUCCCUUCGGCUGUCUGGAUAACUCUGCUGCCAAACACAAGCUGGGCCUCAGAUACAAAGCCUGUAACAAGAGGAAACCUAUCACUAGGCUGGAGCUGAAAGCAGAGGGAGACUCUGUGGUGAAGAUACUCAACACCUCCAUAACUGAAGCUCCAGUGGAGCUCGAACAGCAGAAGGCAACAGAAGUUGUAAGUGAUGAUGAGCUGAAACCAAAAGUAGAGAAGGAGGAAGACGAACAAGGAGAAGCAGAACAAGAGGAGGAAGAAAAAGAAGAAGAGGAGGAGGAGGAGGAGGAGAAACCACAGCAUUCCAGACAAUCCCUGUUGAGAGAUAAGGAGGAGAGGGAGGAGACAGAGGAUGAGUCGGAAACAGAACAGGAUGUUUCUCACGCCCGGGACACUUCCUCUUCUCCUGAGCUGUGUCUCUCAGAGGAGGAAGCUCCAGAUGCCCAGCCCUCGCCCUCCUCCAGACCCAGCUCCAGAGCCUCCUCUCUGGACAGUCCUGGAGCCACGCCGGAGCCCCCUGCUGGACCAAGAGAGUACUUGCUGGACCCUGUAGGCGUUACUUAUGGAGUGGAGGAGGACAGGGCUGAAUGCGACUUGACGCUGAGAGAAGAAGAUGAUGACGACGAUAUCCAAGAAACCAGAGAGGAGGAGAGCUCCUUCUUACAGGAAGUGCUGAGCUCCUUGAAGACUCCCCUCUCAUCUUGCUCGUUGGGCGUAGAGACCGAGGGCGUCGUCCUGGAGAUAGAGGAGGAAGUGAAGGAAAUGGAAGGAGAAGAUGUCGAGGUAGAAGAAGAAGGAGAGGAGGUGAAGGAAGAGGAAGCAGAGCUUGAUGAGCCUGUCAGUUAUCACGCUGCUCCUGCUGGCUCCCUCCUGUCAGAUCAGACCGCAGAGGAAGAUGAAGAGGAAGAGGAAGAGGUUGCUACUUUGAGUGCUCCUUGUUGUCAAGAUGUCCAAGAAGAGAAGAGAGAUGAAGAAGAGGAGGAAGCAGAGGAAGAGGAGGAAGAGGAACUGGUGGUGGAACGAUUCAGUCAACAUGGUCAAAAAGAGGAAGGAGAGAAGGAAGAGGUAGAAGAAGUAAAGCCAGAGGACCAAAAUGAAACACUUACAGGAGACGCUGUCAACCAGCCAGAGGAAGAGGGAAGAGGAGAAGAAGAGAGUGAGGGAGAGGAGGAAGCGAUUGAGCUGGAAGAGGAGCCAGAAGUGGAAGAGGAGGGACGGGAGAAGAUGGAAGAGGACAAUGAGGAUGUGGAGGAAGCAAAGGAGAGUGUAGAGGAGGCAGAGGAAGCGAUCGAAGAAGAGAAGGACAACACAGAAGAGAUAAUGGAGGUGCUUCCUGGUGCUGAAGGUCAAGAGGUUUCCCUGCAGGAGGCAGAUGAGGGUGUAGAUGUUGCGUUUGGAGACGUCACUGUGUGCACCCAGCGACUCACGAAGGAGGAUGAAAUCCCUGCAGAGCUCGGUGAUCAGGUACUGGUCGCCAUGCAUGAAACUUCUAGUCAAAGCUUUGAAGAGGAGAGGGAAGAGAGAGUGGAGGAAGGCGUAGAGAUCAACCACAUGGUCCCCGAAAUGGACCAAGAGGACGACGCUGAAGAAAACCAACCUGAUGAAGGUCAAAGUGACCAAGAUGUGGAGCAGGACGGUGAAGAAAUAUCCCAUUUAAACACGAAGCAAGUGGAAAAAGAUCAAACUGAAGCUACAGAACAAGCUCAUGCCUCUUCCAAGCCUUCUCCUUUGUCCCUUCCAGAGUCGCAUCACGAGACUCCAUCGCAAGACAGUGGAGCCAUUACUCCCAGUAAGACCAGCACUACCACUCUCCACAUAAAUCUAAUCUCUCCAAGCUCAGAGAAAGUCACAUCUUUCUUUCAACAGUCCCCAACUGCUGCAUAUCCCAACAGCGAGACACCUUCCCAUGCUCUUGCACCCACAGUGCAAAACACAGCAUCCACAGAGGAAGAAGAAGAAGAAGAAGAAGAGGAAGAACCGGCUGACACCGUGGAAACAGUAGAAGCUCUGGGAGAAGAAGCUACACCUCCUACCUCUGUGGAGGAAACAGCCAAGCAGCUGUCCAGUGGUUCAGAUCAGAGCAAAGUCCGGUUCACCAUCGCCCCAGCUUGGCAGAGAUCACUCUCUGUAGAAGAUGUUAAAGAGAGUUUGACUUCUCCCUCUUCCCCACCUGCUUGCACCUCCUCUUUGCCAGAGAUGGAGGCUACAACUAAGAAAGACCCCGAAGUAAAGGCAGAGCCAGCAAGUUCAUCUAAGGUUGAAGUGGUGUUGAGUCCUGGUCGUGGGUGGAAUGCAGGAAUCACGACUGCCAAACCUCAGAGCAAUGCAACAACGCCUCCAUCUUCCAGUAAACCUCAGACCUCAGCUGCUGCAAGCACAGAAGAAAGCUCCGUCGUCGUGGAGGGAAAUCCCGACAAUCCAUUUGGAGUUCGGCUGAGGAAGACGUCAGUUCUGCACCGUUUCAGCUCGGAGGAGGAAAGCCCUGAGCAUCCCACCACCAUCGAACCACCAGCUCAACCACCCAGCUGCAAAGUGGAUGCACCGCAGCCGAUCAGUGCAAAGCCCUCCAUGAGUCAGCCGGUCAGCAGCAAGCCCGCACUGCCUAAGAAACCAGAUGUACAUGGAGACAGUGCAGCGAAAAACAAGCGCAUCUCAGACCCAGCUGCAGCUCGUGGUGUUUCUGCUGGAUCUGAUUCUCCCAGCUGGAUCUCUGUGGCCAAACAGAAACAGAAGAUCUAUAAAGAAAACUCAGUGGAGGAGAUAACUGUCAAGAAGGAGGAACAAGAGAAGAAGAGCCCACUGCCAACGCAUGUCAGCUCAGCUGUCAGCAGGGAGUCCUCCAGCAAAGUGAGUCCAGUGGAGAUCAGUAAGCCUUCUGUGUCUGUAGAAAAGGAGGCCAGGAGGGCUCUGUCUCCCUCAGCUCCAGUACCAUCUCAGCCUCCUAAAACCCAGUCGCUCCCCUGCUCUGUCCUUCCUAAACCCCAGGUUCCCCCUACGUCCGCAAAACCCCAAAGAUCCCUGUCGCCACCUACUCCUGUUCCUGUUGCUCAAAAAUCUCCCUCUUGCACAAACCCGCCGUCUCUCCCCAAAACUGCAACCUCAUCCAAGACUCCACAGGCCCAGAGCACAACAGUUACCUCCCCUCCCUUUUCCUCGAGAACCGCUCCGGAAAAGUCUGCUUCAAGAGCUCCGGGGCUUUCCAGCCAGAACCCGUCCUCCCAGCGAGGCAUGCCUCCCCCAGCACUGCCCCAGGACGAGCCGCCCUGGAUGGCCUUGGCCAAGAAGAAGGCCAAAGCCUGGAGUGAGAUGCCCCAGAUUGUCCAGUGACAGGCACAAGUUUCAGUAUGGUCUAUUACACGAGCCGAGGCUGGCUCAGAAAAAAGAUCUGAAAGGGGGUCAAAUUGGGUCGAGAGUCUGGAUGGGCCAGAAUGCAUUUGCACACAAAGAGUUGCUGUUUUCUCUGUUGUUUUCUUACUUCCUAGUUUCUAAAGAUUGGUACACACCCUCCAAUCAGAACUAAAGACAGGCUCAGUAUAACCGUACAUCCAUUUGUUGUACAUUCAUGUUUUAUAAAUGACAGGGUAGGACCCCGAGAGUUAACACGUCUUACUUGAAGCGGAUCCAUAUUUUUCCAGCAGUCUUAUUAGUUUGUUAUACGGUGCCUGGAUGAGAGAAAAUACCUGCAGUCACACAGCGGAAAAUAUUCAUUUUUAUCUAAAGUAACACGGAUGAAUCCAUUUGAUAUGACUAAACAUUUCAGGGAGGCGAAGAAGGAGACAUUAUUUUAUAAAGAGGAUACUUUAUUCACAGAGAGUUUGUUAAAAGUGACAAAAAGACAAAGUCUUUCUGUCACUGUGUGUGCGUGUGUGUGUGUGUGUGUGUGUGUGUGUGUGUUUAUUUUAAGACAGUGGUACAUGCUCACAUUUUUGAGGAAUGUGGAAAAUAUUGUGAUCAGGGUAAAAAAAAAAACGGGAUAACAUCCAAGUUAAGCUGGAGAAAAAUUUGCUGAACGAGCUAGUAGUUUUUGGUCAAAUUUGCUGAUCCACAGUUCUUCAAGCUGCCAUCUGUGUAUCAAGUUCUUCAGACAAAUAUAUUUCUUGUAACAUAAUCCACAGACAUCAAGCUAAUUACGUUUAUUGUGUUAGCAAGUGAGUGCUGAGUGUGUUCGACGUGUUCCAGGUUGUCAAUGUAAAUUAUAUUUUUAAUUUUCUCUUUUGAUAUUUUGAAUACCGCAGAUUAUCUGCCCGCAUCCUACAGAAAUUAUCUCCGAAAGAGUGUCCAGGAAUCAAGAAAAACUAUCAUCGUAUUGACUUUCAGUGUGCUGAAAUACUUUCCAGUGCACUGUUUCGUUGAUGCCGUGUCGCGGCUUGUAAAUGAAAUCAAUAAACCGCUAAACGACCACUUGGAGACCGGUUUGCUGCAGGAUGCAAAGCAUCGCUAAAGGAAAGCAAGUUUCACAGCGGGAAGUUUCCUUUGUAUUAAUGAAAUCUAUCUAUCUUACAGUAACUAUAUAUGUUUUAUGCUUUCUGUUUGAUUUUGUAAUGCCUUUUGAGAUUUUUUUCUUGUACAUAAAAUGUGCAGUAAAGAACAAAUAAAAUCAGUUUUUUCUGUG